UCACCCUGCAACAAAUAUAAAAAAAAAGAUAUGUGAAUUUGUUUAUAUUUAAAGAGUGCAAAUAUGAAACUAUACCUUGGCAUCCAAAUAUGGAUGUGUGUGGUGAUUUAUGCAGCCCCUUUGAUUAUGGAUUUUCUUGUGUUGUUUGUGUGUGUUAUAUUAAGAAUAAUCACCACGUCGUUAUCAUUGGUGCUCCUCCCAGGCUCACCACAGGCCACCGUGCAAGGGUGGUUGUGGGAUGUGUUGUUGCAACCUGUUAAGAGUAAGGGGCCUCUGCUAAAUGAAGACACUAUUGAUCAUAUCAAAACAAUUAUUUCCCAAAAGGGUAGUGAUGCAUGGUGGUAUAUGAAAGUAGAAGAAUUGCUUUCUGAGAAAUAUCAUGAUAAAGCAUCAGAUUAUGUGAAAGGAACUGAUACAAUGGAUGUUUGGUUUGAUUCAGGUUCGGUCGUGAUGGAGACAGGUUGGUUUUCUGACAUUGCAUGGAGCCAAUUUUGGAGUAGCCAAAUGUAUGAACAAUCGGAUUCAAAGCAAUCCAAAACCGAAUAUAAUUGGUUGUCCAUGGUGAUUGAGCCCAGUUAUCGAGAUCAGUGGAACCCUAAACUGAUGGGCUACUGUUUAACCUAUUUACAACUAAAUGGAGUAAAGUCAAAUGCUUUGACCACAGAAAAUGGUGUAAGUGUUGGCUUAUCAUCUAUAAUUGAAGCUGAUGUUAAGUCAAUAGUAACAAUGCAAGAGGAACUACUGAGAAGAAUAGGUCAAAGGGCAACUAAUGUUGAAUCAUCAAAUCAAGAAAAUGUUGAUCUUCUAAUGUUGUUCUUUUACAGGUGGAUGGCAUUGGACCUAAAGUUGGUUGCUGAAAUAGGAAUAGUGGGUGGUCCAAAUGUAGGAAAAAACAUGUUUUUAAGUGUUAUUAGUGUUGACAUGUAG